AAUUCGGGUCACGAUCAGGUCGAGAGGUGCGGUGCGCGUGUUUAACCGUUUUCCCGUAUGUUGCCUUAGUUCGAAAGGUGCUUGACAUAGAGCUACCGUUGUCGUCAAGGAUACGUGAGCAAACAUCGGAUUACUUGAUUGAUAAUGGAUGUUCGAUUGUAAUGUAUCAAAUUUUAGGUGUUUUAUUCGAAUCGAUACAGUGCAUUCAAAGUGGUUAAGUGGAGUGAAAAUUUCCACCUGUUGCAGAUUCCCGUUUUUUAUGAACUAGAUACCACUAGAGAUAGAUAUUGUGAGUGUGUUGUGGUUUGUGUAUGGACAUAAGAUCUCAAGAGCGCCAAACAGUCGUCUGGUGUCUUCGCCUUAAGUGCUUUGACAUCAUAGGUGCUUUUCUUGCGUCUAUACUAUUCAUCCUCUCUGCAUAUUUAUCGUCUGGUAUGGCGACUUCGCCGCCAGCAUAAAAUGAAAACACCAAUACUAUCCUGUAGCGGGUAACCAUAAUCCACUACGACCACAGCACAAAGCCAACAGAGUCCAACAGAGAGCUGAAAAUGUUUUAAUCCGCAACCAUUCUUCGAGAUCGUUAUAGAUGUGAGGAGAAUUAUUCAAUAAGGAAACCUGUUACGGGUUGAUUCUCCUUUGGUUGCUCUUUCCCCAUUCCAUUCCAUUCAGUCUGUUUUCAGCGGUCCGUUAAGUUCUCGUUUCUUCGAAAGUGCGAAGUUUUGGAGCUGUAGAGAUCCCGACCAAAAGUGUGCCUUUCUUCCUUAUAUAUUGCUAAUAUGGUUGGCUGCCAUCUUUUCCGGGAAGCGAGUGCAACUGAAUGAGAUCAGUGGAUCAAGCCAUCCAACAGCGAACACCCCCUUUCCUCAUCCGCAGAGGAGAAAACGCAUAAGGUGCAAGAGAAACCAAAAAAGUGACCCCCUGAGUGCGAUGCUGCUGAGAGGAGAUUAGCGUAAUGAAGCUUGAAUCUAUGCUGCUGUGGACCUUGCCGAUCGUAGUUGGCCAUGGCAUAAAGCCAUUAGAACGGUUUUCAAGGUAGCACGGUUAGUGGCUUACUUAGAUUCACGCAGAGCGAGCGGCGAGAGGCGCGAGCCGAUUAAUUGAGACUGAGGCGUGAAGAUACCAGCCAAGCGUAGUUAGUUAAGUGUUUUACAGCUAUAUUGACCAAGUUUCUUGACCUUAGGUGGUGCUGAGAAUAAUCAGUGAACGAAGUGCGGUAAGUGCAGUGUGAUUCUAUGUACUAGAAGAAGGUGCAGAACAAAGAAGAAUACUAGAAAAUUUCCAACUGGUGGAGAAGUGACCAGAGAGUGAAAAUAAAGCAAAUCAAGUGAGCACUUGAAGCAGGAUAAUUGGAGACAUCGAUGCAAGAGUGUGUAGUUUAAAGGUGCGUGCUGACUUGGACCUGAACAAGCUGUGGCGAAGCAGCUUGCACUGGUGUUCAAGAUCUGCAGACGAAGGGAGUUUAGUGGGAGGGGCGUGAGUCGUGUAAUGAAAGGCUGUCGCUGCUGUUGCUGCUGCUACUGGAACCAAUAGGCGCACCAUUGAGAACGAGUACAAUGAUGGGAACAAUUCGCAUCGGAGACUAACGUGUGCGGUGGAAAAUGAAAGUUUUGUUUCCCCGGCCGGACCGAAAUUCGUCAACUGCAUGAAUCCGCCGUAUAGAAUGCCUCCGCAGCCGCUCGGGACGUAUGGUGUGCAAAAUGACCAUCCCAUCCCUGGUACAGCCGCAGCAACCGACGGUCCACACGUGCUGAGUCCACCCCUGCGAACUCACUCGAGCAAGUUUCCGAUCGAACGCGAACUGGUGCUUUCCUCGAACAAGAACGCUUCCAAGAUUCCGUUGAUGCACGAUAACCGAAACACAAGCAUUCCUUUGUUGAACCGUUCGACAGUUUCCGCAGUGGGACCGGACUUGCCGACUAAGCAAACCCAGGCGUGGAAUCAGGCUCAAAUUGAGGUCAUCCAUUCAUCCAUAACCGGAACGAUCCCUCGAAACGCGGUUCGUUUGCCUGAAGAUGUUACGGCUCUAGCAGAGCGCGAAGGACUUUCUAAGGAUAGGGAGACGGUGAAGAAUUCAGUGUCGAAAAAUUAUCAUAAGCUGAAGGACUUGAUUUCGUCCAAGUUCAAGAAGGAUAGCCCCGACGCAGUUGAAGACGAGUUGAACAACGUCUCGUCGCUGCUUCAGCAUCAGCUUCAACAACAGCACGACAGUCUCGGAUCGUCAUCAUUCCACAUGCCUGGAGUAAGUCAAGGUAACAAUCUGAACCACGCUCAAUCCAAUAUCAAUCUGUGGAGUUCAAAUGCCAGAGGUGAUUCUCCGUUGUAUUAUCAUAAGAAGUUUGCUGAUCCGGCAGAAGGAUACAACGCCGAUUCGUUGUCCGGAUUCCGGAGUAUGAAAGCUAUGUCACAACCUCAGCUCAAUACUGCUAUCGAUGUCAACAGAACACCCCAGAAUUUCCCCAACCAAAUGGAUGGAACUGAUAGUGACGAUGGGGGUUUCCGUCAACACAACAAUUCAAGAGUGAUUGUUCAAACCCCAGCUCAACAGCACAAUCGACAACUACAGCAGAACUAUGUUCAUAACUAUCGUCAUAAUCACCCUCAAACUGGACAAUCAACGCCUCAAACGAACCCAGUGAACUUCCAACAUACUCCUCAAGCAAGACACAAAAUUCUAGCAGAAUACUCGGACAGUUCUGUUCCGCAUCAACAGCAGAUGCCACAUGGGACGAGCCAUAUGACAAUCAAUAUCGGUGAAUCCAGCUACAAUGGAGGACACGAACAUAUGGAUAAGAACCACAAUCCUAUGGAAUCCAGUGGUCCAAUUCCGGGAGCAAGAUCCAUACAGAAACCAUCAAAUCCUUCACAUUUGAUCAACGGAAAUCAGGCCAACAAUAGUAACAACACAGUGGUGCAGAUCGCUUCCGAUUCGUCGCAUGUCGUUCAGAUGAAUUCCAAUGGAAGCAAACAAAUUGAUUCCAUUUCCAGCUCGGAUUACGAUCGUAAUGGGAACCAUAGCUCCAACGUAGACUCAGGCCGAGGAAGUGCUGCGUAUUCUAGCGGAAGAAAAGGUGCUGUCCAGCAGUCGAUCAAUAUGAAUACGGUCGAACAAACCGAGCGUAGUCGAAGCAAAUCGGAAUCGGAAUGGAUCGAUGUCGUAGAUGCAGAGCUUCGCAACAUCCUAGAACCUGGUAUGAAAGGAAUGAUGAUUCGUCCGGAAAGUACCAUGUCAGAAAGUGCUUCUUCUAUGUCUCCUCCGUUGCCUCCGUUAUCGCCUGACGGAGGAACGGCAUAUCAUACGCCAGCUGGUGUCGGAGGGCCCAACACCAUGCAUAGCAAAUCAGGCAACUCGUCAAAGCAUCAAUCCAAACAAGAGUACGGAACGGAUACCUACAAUCGAGCCAGUAAAAAUCCUCAGCCCAUAGGUCCUUCAAAGGGACAGCCUUCGGUGAACACCAUCCAGAACUACAUGCACAAUCUGAAACUCUCGUCCAGCAGCAAGAAGCAUGAGCAAAAUAUGCUAAAGAAACAUCUAUUCGGUCUGGAUACGGACGGUGCCUCCGUUACAAACACAACUCGUUCCCUCGAUUUGGAAUCGCUUCUCGGGGGUCCCUGGGAUGCUGGCCAAUCCGUCAGUGAGUCUGAAACUGACGGUGGAUUGCAGCAGAUUCGCAACCAGUUGGAAGGCCUCGAGACCAUGUACAGCGAAGUGCUCAAAAUGCUCGGCAAUCGCAUGGCCAGUAACGACAUCAGUCAACGAGUCAACCGUCGACGGAGACAUGGAAGUUUAUCUUCCCUUCCGUCCAGCUCGGUCAGUGGUCGACCCAUCCGGGAUCGCCGUCGAACCGAUGAACGUCGAAAGGUGCGGGAUAUUCGAGGCAUUAACAAGCGCUUCCAACGGCUGGAGUCACAUGUGGUCACACUUGCGCGCAGUGUGGCUCAUUUGUCGUCGGAGAUGCGCUCGCAGCAUGUCGUAGCGCAGGAACUGGAAGAAAUUCGGAACGACAUGGCAAUGUUACGAUCUCAGUCAAUGCAUCAUAUUCCGUUGAAUGCCAGUGCCGGUGCUGGAGCGGUGGGAGCAACGGGAGGGAAUACCAGCUCCAAGGAACCGAUGAAUCUGACCAAUCCCAGACGAGUGAAGAAGCUUACGAAGUUUUUCGGAGAAGAUCCACCUUUGAUGAAGCUGUUUCUGAAAAAGCUGGGCUAUGAGAAAUACGCCUCAAUCUUCGAGAACGAACGGGUCGGAAUGAUCGAGUUGCCGUACCUAGGAGAGGAGAGACUGCAAAAGAUGGGCAUUCCGCUGGGGCCUCGAUUACGAAUCCUGCAGGAGGCUCAGAUAUCACUCUGUCGCGAUACCACGCUCUGCAUCGUGUAAAGCAUGUGCGCUAUUCUUUCUCUUUAUGGGCGACACAGUUCAACCGAGCCAAAGACAUUCAUCGAUAAACUAAACUUAAAUAUAUUCUUCGCAGAACAUCACUCCCCCAACAGUCCCAGUGCUAACCAGUAAAACCACCUCCGUCCGUUCUAUCGUGGACACUAUUUUAUUUGUAGUAUUACUCUUUACUCAAACAGCGUGAAGUUUGCAUAUCAUGACAAUUAUCAGUGCAAAAUCGUUCCUUGGAACGCCUCUGUAUGGCUCCCGUUUCCAAUACUCACAACGGAACUCGUAUUAUGUUAAUAUACUGUUGAAAUAAACGAUUUUUAAUUAUCAA